CGAAACCAAGCGAAACAUGGAAGACGUGGACUGGAACGCCGCUGUCGCUGACGUCGACUGGAAAACCGUCGACUGGUCCUCCGUCUUCAAUUCACCCUCUGCGACCCCGACCCCGGCGCAGGUCAACGCCGAAGAAGCACCCGCGUCGUCCGUGCCCGAAGUUGUCACCUCUGCUGCCCCCGAGCCCACCUCUGAGAAAGCUACGCCUACCUCCACCGAGGCUGCCGAGGAGACGGGUUCGUCCGGCGACUCAAGCGGCUUUUCGAACGUCAUGAACAACAUUAUCGACACGUUGAGCAUCAGCUCGGAGGUGGCCUCGCCGGGCAUCGCCUGGGAAGGUGGUGACAGUAAAUGGAAGGCCACCAUUAUCAACGACGCCGACGAGGAUUGUGUCAUGGUCUGUUGGACGACAGCAGUACCCGGCAACGAUUAUGGCGGCUUCUUCAUCUCCAUUUACGGACCAAACAUGUUUGGCAUCAAAGCCGGGCAGAGCAAGCAAAUCUCUUUCAAGGAAGAUACUCCAAUGGCUUGUUCUUUCGCGUUCCCCGACACCGAAAAGCUUCCUAACGGCCAGCUCGCUCAGUCGUGGCUGGAGAUGAACUUCGUCCAAGGACAUGGCAUGGGUGCCUUUGACGUCUCUCGCGAGGUCUUCAUGAACGGCAACGUGAUUUCAGCCAAGGGCUCCAAGUGCACGUCUGGCGUGAGCGGAGGCCAGCUAUCGUGCGUCUUUGGCUGCAAAGACUCCUCCCUAUCCACCUGCGGGGAAUUUGGCAGCUACGCCAUCUUUGGCGCUGAUACCGGCUCCGGAUGUAUGAACGGACUGGACGCCGGCGCUGCUGCUGGUGGCUGCGGUAUGGGUGCGGACAGCGAGCACAUGGAAGUCACCAUCUACGGCAGCAAGGAUUGGCCCGCCUAAGCGUCUCUGAUACGCCUUCUGUACAUGUUUCCCCCUCUUCGUCACGUACUGCACCCGCCUCUUCUGUAUCUGUUGCUCUUCACAAGAUACCCCAUUGCCUCGUCCGGGUAUCUCUUAUCGUACAAAUGAUGUGGAUAGGGGCCUUCUGUACCAUCCU